AUGACUAUACAGAGUCUGAAUACUCUCCCUUUUGAUGUGUUUUACCAGAUCGCGACCUCGCUGGACGACCGUGAUUUUGUGAACCUCAGUCACACCAGUCGUGCUCUCUAUUCUCUGUCGCAAAGCGAGCAGAUUGCCCGCAAAACCGUCGAGAAUGCUUUACGCCACAGCAAGGAAGGUCAGGCGGCCCUAGCAACCCAGUCUGGUUUUCGCAAGGCCGUCGGGCAUCGGCUUGCUAUACACGAGGCUGUCGCCACGGCAGAUCCAUACUCAGUGGCCUGUGUAGGCUACGGGGCAGAAUUUCUCUACAACCAAGGUUACUUAUGUUACCGAUCCGACCAUUGGAUUCGUUUGCUGUAUGUGCAUGGUCCUGCCUUCCGGGAGCGUGUCAUGGACCUCCGCGAUGCGAUCCCUCGACUGCUGGAAACCGAUGUCGUGGAGCCGGAUGCAGGAGAUCGGGUUACGCUCUUGAGUUACAGCGAUGAUAUUCUCGUGUUCCGAGUGGCCGAAGUGAGCGCGACCGAGGACGCGUUGCUCGUAGUCAACAUGGCGUGGCGGGAAACCCACCAGGGAGGGAGACGUUUCCUACUUCAUGAGGAAAUCCCAGCAUCCGCACCAAUCUUUGUGCGCCACUGUGGAACCUACAUUUGGUAUGGCACAUUUACCGCCGCCGAUGGUUCGGAUGGUGUGUGGUCUAUCACUGGUGUGGAUCUCCAAUCGUAUGAAUGUAUCGAGUUCCCGCUCGACCGAGUGGUCGAUGGCGAUCUUGGCCAAACACUGUGUUUUGAGAUGCAUGAUGAACAUCUCUAUGCUGUUUCGACGCAGGUCGCCGCAGAUGAUGAUGAAGUACACUCCUCUUUCUACCAUUGGUUCUGUCACGCCCCUCGCGAAGAAGGCCGCAAAUGGAACGGUCGCUUGUGGCGCCGAGAGCAUCAAGAAGGCCCCAUCAAUGAGAUGUGGACUGAUCUUUCAAUCCGUAAGGAUGAGACGACUGGCCGGCCAGUCAUACUUGAAUGCCGCCGUGAGUGGCGCGAUGGUAAGAGUGAAAACCACCGUACAUACUACACACAGCGACUUCCAACACCAGAAGAAGCUCUAGCGCCUCUUUCCGGAGGCACCAUCGAAAUUCCAUCCUGGGUAUCUAUGGAUGAUGACGUUGAGAACGACGAGCCCUACGAUGAGCGACCUGCAAAGAGGUUGCGGCGGCAUUACCAUGCCGAGUACGAGUCUGGCUCUACCCGGCGGCAGGAGUUCAUCGCGGCUCGCACCAAGCAUAGGAGUUACCAUCUCGGUGCAUCCACCUUCGUCGACCUUGUCAACGACCCUGCCGGUGAUAACUUGCGGUCUCGAGACCGGAUCCGGUUGCGUACGGUGUCGCGCAAGCGCAAGUGUCCCAUUGACGAGGAGGGAAUUGAGGGACCUCGCAACCCGACUGUUCCAGCCUACCCAGGCCCGCGUACUGGAUCUGUGAAGAGUAUUGCAGACGAACGUUCUAUCAUCUAUUCAAUUGACGCCCCCGGUCUUCCUCCUAAUCAACAAGCUCUUAUCCUCAUUAGCUUUGAUCCUCAUUAUCAAUUUCCUAUCACGAGCCCUCUCCCCACUCCUACCUCUCCUGCAGAUCACCAGGAUCCCGGUGAACUAUUCCCAAAGACGCUGAAGCCACCACCUCCGUAUUUCCCUUCGCCCAACCUGGUGGAAGAAGCACCGCCUUUCUACAUGGGUAUCAAACGCGGGUACGAUCUGCGUGGCAUUAGGGAUCGAUUUUGGAAGGGCAUCAAGGUUGGAAGGUCAGAUACGAUUAGCUGUCAUAAGAUGAAAUAG